AUGAAGCAAAAGAAAAAGAAAGAUGAGAACAUUGCUGCGAGGAAGGCAAGAGAAGAAGCUGCUGAUGCUACUUCUAUGAUUGCAAGGAGUACGCAAAAGACGAUUGCUAAGGUUGGUGCUUCUAUCGGCACCAAAGCCGAUGCUGUGCUAGUUCCUCUACCAAAAACAGCUCCAAACGUUGCAAACAUUGAAAACAGAAAACAAUCAGAUAGCCACGAUGGCAACAAUAAGAAGGCAAGGAAGUUUGAUACAAGGGGCGCUGCUCAAGGAGCCAGUGCUGGUCCCGCUGCUGCUGCUGCUGCCACUGAGCAGUCAGAUAGGCAGCAUGAUGGCGACAAGAGAGCCCCAGAGAAGGCAAAGAAGGUUGCUGCGGGUGCUGGAGGAGCUGCUGUUGAUGCCAUGCAAAAGGCAGCAAUGAUUGUUCCUGCUUCAAGAGCUGUGGGUGCUGCAAUUUCCGGGGAAAAGCAAAGUGCUACGAAGAAAAAGGUGCAGCUCAAAAUAGGUCGUGGGGGAAAAUUGCAAGGAGAUAACAAUGCAACAAAAGAAGCAAACCGCAGAGUAGUGGAUAUUGGUAGAGCACAAGUAGAGCAACAUGCUGGUGUACCAAUCAUGCGGUACAAUCUACGACAUCCAAUCGGACCAAGGCCUCCAUCUUUGAAAGAGCAAAAGAAGAUGAGAGAUGAAAAAAAGAAAUUGUUGAAAACAAUGAGAGAUGAAUUGGGUGUCUUGCUUCCUGAUAUUGACAGCGAAAUUGUAGUUGCUCAAGAGAGGGUUCAUUGGGACCGUUCAAUGAAGGAUGGCGAUGGUGCGAGGGUCACAGAAAAAAUUCUUGAAGCUGCAGCUUUCAAUGAAGAUUUUGAUGAGGAAAAAGAUGAUGAUGGGGUUUUGGAAGAACGGAAAAAGCAGCUCUUUAAGGCAAAACAGGAGAUGCAAAAACUCCUCAAUGAAUACUAUGGUCAUGCUUACAUCUCUCCUUCACUUCGGACUUUCUUUGAAAAGUAUGAAAUUGAUAUGUUGGAUGUAGACGAUCCAUUGUAUUGUCCUGAUGAGAUUCGAGGGCUUUGUUAUGAAACAGAGCAAGAGGACAAGGAGGAUCCAAAGUUUACUGUUUAUUGUGGUCCGCAAGAGAAGGAGACAAUCAUCAAGGGCUGCAGGAUGGAACAGCUGAAGCCAUAUCUAAGCGAAGGAUAUUUGUACAGUUGUCAGCUGCGAGGAGAGUUAGCAAAGGCAAAAGGACCGUAUCAGGAACGAUACCUUAUCCCUAUAGGAGAUUCAAAUUUGGACAAGGCGCCUGACGACUGCCUCUGCAAGUUUGGUAGCAACGGCAGGUCUCUGAGUCCACUUCCAUUUCAACAAAACGACAAAGCCUUCUGUCUUGGAUACUGUUUGGCAAAUGUACUCUUUUACCUCAAGCUUGAUAAGUCAGCGCAGAAGCUAGCAGACAAUGCAAACAGACUAAGCAUUUUAGAUGCCAGGAGACAACUUGCAGAAGUUUCAAACAUAGUGCAGCUGUCAGCAAAGGGAAUUGGAACCAUAUCUUUGGAAGAGGUCAAGCGUAUGUUGGAUGGAAUUCCGAAACAGAAAACAAUUGAGAUGUUGAUGCAAUAUGACCUACACAGGAUUGGGUCGUGUGAAGUUGGAGAGUUUGUGCUGACGCUCGGAGAUGGCAAGUAUCACGCGGUCUAG